AUGAUGAAGAGAACGACACAUCACUUGGAAGAGGGUGGUUCCUCAACUGCUCAACCUUAUGAACUCGAAGAUUUGACAAGCACAAGUGACAAUGUCAAAAGUGCUUCUUCACAUGACAGCAAACAUCAAAACAUUGACAUCACCCCAACCACUCCCAUUCCAGACGCCAACAGCAUCCAAUCCCCAACUAAAAAAGACCAAUCCCUCACUUCACAUGUUAUUGACAAGUCAUUUUCCAAAUCUGUCAACAAGACAAACCAAGAAAUCGACAAUACUUAUCAACUCAAAAAGAAGGCACUUCGAAAAUCUCUUGGACUUCAAAUUGGAUUAACAAUUUGCUUUUUCAUCCAAUUAUUGGGAUUGGCAUUUCUACCUGGAGCAACUGGAUGGCAAUUUUCAUUGUUGUUUUAUCAUUGCUUUUCGAAUAUUGCAAUUUUGGGAUUUUUGAUUAUUCAAUUGGUGUUGAUUUCACCGUUGAGAGAGGUUCAGAGGUUGUUCAAGACUCCUUCGAAUUUGAAGGAGAAAGUUGGGAAGAAAGUCAACUCUUCUUUCCGAAACAUUAUCGGAAACGAAAGUGAUUCGAAUUGUGUCAAACAAUUCUGGAUUGAUAAAUUGAAGAGCAGUAACUGGUUACUAAAGAUGAUUUCUCUCAAUUCGAAACCUCAAACUUUAAUUAAGAAAUGCCAAUUAUUAAAUCAAUGGGAAAAUGAUGAUUGUAUCAAAUAUUGGACGAGUAAUUAUUCAGUUUCGAAUGGUGAUAGAAGUAAUAAGGUGUUUAGAAGUGUUUCUAUUGAGAUGAACGAAAGUGGUGUUGUAAUGUUCAAGUCAUUGGUUAAAAAUGAUGAUUUGAGUUUUGACAUUUGUAAAUCGACAUAUAUAGAUGUGGUAAGGAUGAUUGACAUUCAGAACAGGCUCUGUAAAGUACACGCUCCUUUGAAGGAACAACAUAGAAUGACUUGGAAAGAUCCAAGUGCAAAUAGCUCUGUAAAUUCGCCUCUCAUUCCAUUUAUUAUUCCAAUGACAAGUGACACUUCAUCUUCAAAUAUUUUCACUGAUUUGAGCAAUUUUCUGGGAGUUAAUCCAGCCCUUAUCGAAAACAAAGAUCGAUAUAUGAACAAAUCUAUUCAAAUUUCUCAAUCUGACAUUCAGACAUCUGUCAACAAUCAUCCACUUACUAACACUAACGAUUUAACAAUUAAUUUUCAAUCCAUUUUCCCUAAAGAACAGUUCAAUACUGAAUUUACGACAGAAAUUGAACAAUUUAUACGAAACGAAAUUGAAAAUCCAACUUUAAUUAUGAUUGGACUUUCUCAAUUAAAUCCAAUUCCAAUUUUCAUUAUUGGAAAGUCGAAAUCAUCAAUAGUUGGAAAGAGUUUCAACUAUGUUGGUUUCAUGACCAGUUCUUUCAGAGUUCCAGAAUUUGUAGAAUAA